ACCAUAGCAGAUUUUCCAAGAUGUUAAAUAAAACUUACCAGAAAUUUCCUUAUAAAUUUGCACAAAUUUAUAAGUACCUGUGACUACUGAUGUUUAUUUUUUUUUAAAGCAAAGGGUUGUCACACCACAUAUUGUUUUUGUUUAGUGUAUUGCUGUUUACUGUUCUUUCUAUUAUUUUUUAUGUAGAAGUUUCAUUUCAUUAUUUUUCAUUACAUAUUUGUUUACAGCCUUUUGCAUGUGCACUGUACUAGGCCUAUGUUUAUGACAGUUAUUCGACAAAAUUGGCGCUUUGAGAAGCAAGAGAAGGAACUACAGGAAGACAGGGGCGUGGUCACGCGAUGGGCGUGUUCUCUACGUGGCUUUCUAAAACUUUCCGGAAGUUACUUUUGUUACCUAAGCAGCACCCCCCGCUAUUGUAAAUAUUGUACGUAGGGGGUAAACAUUAUUGUUUUUGAUGCUUUUAGAGCACGAGGGAACCAGUAUUUAAAGUUUAAUCUUAGUAAGACGACUGUCACAUCCUAAAACACUUUCACACUUCUCGAAACGUAAACUUUUACAAAGUAUAUUUAAUUGUGGUGUGGGAUAUUAUAUGGUUUAAAUGGCUGUUAAAACGAUUGUUACAAAUAGUGUAACAUUUAGCAAUCGGGUUCUUGAUUUAUUCAAUUUUUCAUUUUUUUUUUUUAAGUAAAAGUUCCGCGAACAGGAAGUGCCACAACAAUCUCGUUUCAGCAAGAAACCCCGACUUCUGCUCUGUGAUUGGCAACUUUUUUAUAACGCUUUUGGUUCGACAGGGUUUAAUAGGUGACUUGGCAUGACAGUGUGAAGUAUUAUCCAAUCCUCGUUCAGGGGGUGGGACUUACGGAAUACGGAUAGAGCAAAAAGAUAUAGGCACCGUGUAGUUUCUUUGAAGGUUCUGGUGCAGGAAGAAGAGGUUUUGGCAGAGUUUUUCGUGUUUGUAACAACCAAAAAGAGAGGAACGUAUUCCACAUUUCCCCCUGGUGUAUAGUGGGACAAGCCGACGCAAACAUGUCUGUCGCUGGCUUGAAGAAACAGUUUUAUAAAGCAAGUCAGAUGGUGAGUGAGAAAGUAGGAGGAGCAGAAGGCACUAAGCUGGAUGAAGACUUCAAGGACCUGGAGAGGAAGGCCGAUAUCACCAGUAAGGCCAUUGUGGAAGUCUUGGCCAGGACGUCAGAAUAUCUGCAGCCCAACCCAGCAUCUCGGGCCAAACUGUCCAUGCUGAAUACUGUGUCUAAGAUUCGGGGGCAGGUGAAGAGUACCGGAUAUCCACAGGCAGAGGGAGUUUUGGGGGAGAGCAUGGUCAGAUACGGCCGUGAGAUGGGGGAGGACACCAACUUCGGUGGUGCUCUUGUUGAGAUGGGGGAAGCUAUGAGGAGGAUGGCUGAAGUAAAGGAUUCGCUGGAUAUUGAUGUGAAGCAGAACUUCAUCGACCCGUUCCAGACCAUCGUAGAGAAGGAUCUCCGGGACAUCCAGCACCAGCUGAAGAAGGUGGAGGGCCGGAGGCUAGAUUAUGACUACAAGAAGAAACGGCAGGGAAAAAUUCCAGAUGAGGAGCUGCGCAUGUCCCUGGAAAAGUUCCAUGAGUCCAAAGAGGUUGCAGAGAUCAGCAUGCACAAUCUCUUAGAAACUGAUGUGGAACAGGUGAGCCAGCUCUCUGCUCUGGUGGAGUCGCAAUUGCAGUAUCACAAACAGGCGGUGCAGGUGCUGGAAGAACUGUCCCAGAAAAUGAGAGAAAGAGUGGACUAUGCCCAGGCUCAGCCGCGUCAGAAGCGAAUGCCCAAGCCGAUGCCCAGCUUUGACUCAGACCCCGAGUCUAACGGGAGCUUCAGUCCAACAGCUGUUCCCCCAAGCUUUCACGCAGCACCUGCUCUACCCACUCGAACCUCUGUACGCCAGAAACGCCAUUCAAUGGACCAGCCUUGCUGUAAAGCCCUUUAUGACUUUGAUCCAGAGAAUGAAGGCGAGCUCGGUUUCCGUGAGGGUGACAUCAUCACCCUGACCAGCCAGAUCGAUGAGAACUGGUACGAGGGCACGCUGCGUGGCCAGGGCGGCUACUUUCCCUGCAACUACGUGGAGGUUGUGGUACCACUUCCUUACUGAAGCCCACUGAGAAACGAGGGAAGGAGGGGAAGAGAGAGAGAGAGAGAGAGAGAGAGA